AUGAGUCGCUUUUCCGGCCCGCUGAUACUCCUGCUGCUCGGUCUCGCUCAUGCUUACCAGGACGAAGAAUUCCAAGAGCAAGACGGGGAAGACGGGGAAGACGUGGUCGACAUCUCCACCAUCAUCCUCACCGUCAACAAUGGCAGCAAGGAGUUGCUCCUGGAAGGAGACAUGCUGGUUCCCAGAACCAGGAACGCCCUGAAGUGCUGGCAGAAGAGCUGCCUGUGGAGGAGAGGCGCCGACGGCUACGUGCGAGUCCCUUACGUGGUGAGCAGGGAGUUCUCGGAACAGGAGAAGUGGAUGAUCGAGAGGGCCAUGAGAUCCUUCCACGGCAGCACCUGCGUCCGCUUCGUGCCCCGCGGCAACGAGUUCGACUACAUCAGCGUGGAGAACAGAGAGGGCUGCUUCUCGGCUCUGGGACGGCAGCGGGGCAGGCAGGUGGUGUCCAUCAAACGCCGCGGGUGCCUCUACCACGGCAUCAUCCAGCACGAGCUCCUCCACGCUCUGGGCUUCUACCACGAGCAGACCAGGAGCGACCGCGACGGCUUCGUGCGCAUCAACUGGGGGAACGUCGAGCCGGCGAUGGCCCACAACUUCCACAAGCAGGACACCGACAACCUGAACACACCGUACGACUACACCUCCGUCAUGCACUACGGAAGAACGGCCUUCAGCGUCAACGGGAGGGACACCAUCACUCCCAUCCCCGACGCCGGAAUCCAGAUCGGCCAGAGGCGCGGCAUGUCCGCCUGGGACAUCAAGAGGAUCAACAUUCUCUACGGCUGUUGAGGCCGCAAUCGGGAUCUCCUGAGUAUCUUCUGAAUAAAGUUCUUGCAAGCUCA